GGCAGAGCGAGAGCCAGAGAGGGAGGGAGCGCGCUAGCCGAAGAGUGAGCGCGAUUAGAAGCUAGUUUAACGGUCGAAAUACAGCCAGGAAUCCGCGUUGAGGUUCAGCGCAGCUGCGUCUGACAGAGAGAGAGACAGACAGGCAGAAAGAAAGAGAGAGAGAAUGGUGAAGACGGAGCGGCGCGGAAGACAGAGGCACGACGGCUAACGCAGCGAGGAGCAGUGUGUCCGAGGCUUUCCUCCCCCAGUAUCUCGUGCUCUGUACAGAUCUUCAGUGCUAAUCCUGCCCCAGAUCAUCCUGCUGUGCUGAAAGGGAACACGCCUUACACGCCUGGAGGAGGUUUGGGCCUACUGUUGCAGCAGCCUUCUUUGUCCUACAGCUGAGUGAAGCCUAUGUGGCCAGUGUCUUAAGCAGCAGUGAAUUGUUCCCUGGCUCCUGGUAGGAAGCAGCAGUGGUGUUCCUAGCCAUGAGUGUAAUGGAGGACUUUCCUGUCCACUGAGUGUGCUGCUGUCAGGAUUGCAGCCAUGUCGGCUUGCAACACCUUCACCGAGCACGUGUGGAAGCCUGGCGAAUGCAAGAACUGCUUCAAGCCCAAGAGUCUGCACCGCCUGGCUGAGGGGGAUUCACGGAAAGGUCGCCACGAACAAGCCCCUGCCCAGCACAGCCAAACCCCUACAGGGGGCAGGACUAACAUUAACCAGCAUAGUCACUCUCCAGUGGUGGGUGGGGCUAGCAUUAACACUAACAUUACUAGCGGCACUCAGAGAAGUGGAGGCUCCUCCCGCUCUGGUCAGUUCAGGCCUCCUGUGGCAAAGAAGCCCACCAUCGCUGUGAAGCCCACCAUGAUGCUCCCAUGUUCAGGGGUGGGGCUAGAUGCAGAGGGGAACCCACAGAUGCCAGCAGAAGGGGUGGAGCCUGGGAAAGUUUCUGCUUUCACUGUCUGGAGUCACAACGGCCUGAACCGAAAGAGGCCCGCAGGACCAAACAACAAUGAAGGAGACGAAGAAGGGGGGGAGAUAGAAGGCUAUGCUUCUCUCUGUCCACCUAGCAGCAGCAGUAACAACAACAAUGGCCUGACAGACGUGCUGAAGGAGAUAGCCGGUCUGGGCCCGAGCCCAAGCUCUAGCAGAGAUGACUUUUUGGGCCGUAUCAGCUGCUCGUACAGGCGCUCGCUUGAGAGAGGCCUGCCUGCAGCCGGCUGCCUGGCCUUGGGUAGCAAUAGCAGUGGCAGAGCGGCCAAACAUGUCUCUCUCAGCGACAGCGCUGAGAUCAUUAGCUCGGAAGGGGGGCGCUUCUGCUACCCAGAAUUCUCCAGUGAUGGAGAGGAUGAUGAGGAAGGGGCUGAGCUGAGUGAGGGGGAUGAUGAUGAUGAUGAUGAUGAUGAUGAUGAUGGUGAGCAUGAGAGCUGGGAUGAGAGUGAUGAAGAGCUUUUGGCCAUGGAGAUUAGGAUGCGAGGACAGCCACGCUUUGCUAAUUUCCGUGCUGCAACCCUGUCUCCCGUUCCCUUCGCAGCUGGUAAGAAAUGGAACACUGUCCCGCUGCGGAACCGCUCACUGCAGAGGAUCUGUGCAGUCGACUACGAUGACAGUUACGAUGAGAUUUUGAAUGGGUAUCCUUCUGUGGACUCCAACGGAGCGCCUGGCCUGCUCUCGUAUGGCAGUGACCCUCAAGGUAGUGGCUUCCUGUCCAACUCAGAGUCCACCACUUCACCAGAAUUCUCUUCUUCUCUCCCUGACGACUCCUGUACAUCCAGCAGUGGCAGCAGUGCCCCCUGUGGCCAACGGAAUGGACUACACUUGGCUCCAGCCAGCAAGGAGCUCGCACACCAAGGAGACCCAGUGGGACGGGCACUGACUUCACCUAAAGCCACUGAGACUCACAAAGCUGUUCUGGCCAUCCGACUACAAGAACAAGACACCAGUCAGAGAGAAGGUGGGCCUCUUCCACAGGCUCUCCCUGGUCAGCCAAUCACAAUCAGCUUCAGCCCUACAGAGGAGCAGGCUAAGCCCUACAGAGUGGUGAGUUUAGAGAAGACUCCCAUCUGUAAGCCUUACACUGUCGUGGAUGUGUCUGCCUCUAUGGCCAGCACUGAAGAGCGAGCUUCUGAGAGCACUGCCAAGCCCAAGAGUCCGAACCCUGCAUUUGGUCCACCACCUUACCCUGGGGCCUCCAAAAACGUCCCCCUUUCUGCUGGCUCUCCCUUUUCCCCAAAAUCCCCCUUAUCACCCAAAUUACCUCUUUCUCCUAAGUCUGUAGCAAUAUCUCCAACCUCUCCAGUCUCUCCAUUCACUCCUGUCUCUCCUUCAGUACAGGUCUCUCCUAGCACUGCUGCUGCACCCAGUCCUUCCUCCAAGAAGCCUGGGAACAUCCGCUACCAGGAGGUGUGGACAUCCAGUACCAGCCCUAGGCAGAAAAUCCCUAAAGUUGAAUUGCUGAGUGGGGGGACAUCUGGACCAUCACUCCCUCCCAGACACAGCAACCAUAAAUCGGCUCCCACCUCCCCCGUUGCCGGCCUUUCCUCCUCACGCACUGUACCUGUCAAAUCACCCAACUUGUCUGAGAUCAAGUUCAACAGUUACAAUAAUGCAGGCAUGCCGCCAUUCCCCAUCAUCAUCAGAGAUGAGCCUACAUAUGCACGCAGUUCAAAGAAUGCUGUGAAAGUGCCCAUUGUGAUCAACCCCAGUGCAUAUGAUAAUCUGGCUGUGUAUAAGAGCUUCCUAGGCCUGAGCGGGGAGCCGCCCCAGCGCAAGCCUGGAGCAGGUAGCCGUGUGACCAGCCACACAUAUGAAGAGAUUGGCUCGUCUGAGAGCACACAGCCCUCUCCAACAGAACACAUGCCCAGUGCCAGAAAACCUGCCUCAGCCACUACUGAGGAAGAGAGAGACACCACAAGGGUAGUAGAGGCUCCUCAUGAAGACAAAGCUAAAAGUACUACUGACUCCAAUGUAGUAUCAACCAACUUCUCAGUUACUUUCUCCACUCCCAGGGCCAACGUUACCCCUGCUGCCAGCGCUCUCUCUGGCAGCCUGACCAAGAGCAGCUCUGCCACAGCCAACCUCAGCCGCAGCCGUAACCCCAGCGGUGAGCCGCCAGUGGGCAGCAGUGAGUGCCAGUCCUCCUCCACCAGUGGUUCAGGGCACAGAGAGAAGGCCAGCAUGGUGCUUUCUCAGAUAGUAGCCUCUAUCCAACCCCCACAGUCACCACCAGAGUCGCCCACCGCUCAAGGUAAAACCUGUAGUGCCGAGGAGCUUUACUCUCUCCCCCCUGAUGCCAUUAAGGGAACCCUCAGCAGACCCAAGUCCCUUCACUGCCCUGAAGACGGUGGCCUGUCAAAGUCCCGUAAAGAAACACCAUCCAAGCUUCUCCCCAAGUCUCAGAGUGCCUCGGCAGCCGAAGCUCCCACAAGUCCCAGACCCGAGCCCGGUGCCCCCUUCCCCCCACCUAGAUCCACCUCCUCCCCAUAUCAUGCCACCAACCUGCUCCAGAGGCACUUCAGCAAUUGGACCAGGCCAACGGGCUCCAGGCCCAGUGAUGGGGAGGUCAGCCCUGGGGCAGAGGGCAGGCGCUCAGCCGACAGCAACAAGCCCAAACGCUGGAUCUCCUUCAAGAGCUUCUUCCGCCGGCGGAAAGACGAGGACGAGCAGAAGGAGAAAGCAGAGAGAGAGAAGGAAAAAGGGAAGCUAGUGGGUUUGGACGGGACUGUGAUCACCAUGCUACCUCCUCCCCCCAUCCAGAGGCAGCACUGGUUCUCAGAGUCAAAGACGGAUGAUCCCACCCAGAAACCCACCAUCAUAUUCACUUAUAAGCCUGACAGCGGGGCAGGAGGAGAUGGGGAGGGGGAGCUCAGGGUGGAGGAGUGUAAUGCAUCGACAGCGACCAAUCUGAACCAAUCAGGUGCCCCCAAGAGCAGAGCCAGCCUCCUUAUCAGCAAAGUCAUGAGUCAGAUGCCAGCUGAGGGUCCAGACACGGAUAUGCCCGCUGCCACCUCUCUGCCCGCCAAGCUGGAGCUGUCGCCUGUGUGUGAGGCGGCCAGCCCCUCCACUCGGCCCGCCACUCGUCCCCUCUCACCCAGCGAGGGCAGCGCCAGCCUGGGGGAGCCAGAGGAGGACGAGGGCACACAUACUCACUCUCACUCACAUUCACCUGCUUCCAGCUCCUGCAGCGCCACCUACACCAACCUGGGUCAGUCCAGGGCCAGUAUGAUUCCCCUGAAACAUCCCAGGCACCCUAAAGCCUCUGACGACACUCUGCACUCUGAGCCUGAGGGUUCUGAUCCUGGCUCUAAAGCCACUCCUCCUCCUCUACCUAAGAAGGCCGUUCCCCGAGCCCAUACGGAGCCAUCUCUGUCCAGAGAGUCUGCAGCUCCGCGGCCGCGUGGUGAGGCCAAGCCAGGCGGCACCAGCUUGAGUGUAGCCAAUCCGCUGUACGACCUAGACUCCACCUGGGAGACAGCCAGUCAGAGCUCCUCCCUCAGCUCCGACGCCCGGCAGCUUGAUGAGUCCGGAGACUCUCUGGAGCGACCUGCAGGGGGGCGGAGUCUGUCGUGUCUUACCAACAGCGGCUCAGCACAGGGCCGGGAGAGGAGGGCCGGCGAGCGCAGGGGCUGCCGCAGCACAGAGAGCUUGACAGCCAGAGGGCGCUCAUCUGGCAGGGGCAGAGACGGCGGCAGUAAGCCCCAGAGGCAGGCUCUCUAUAAGGGCAUAGAUAGCUGGGAGGAGGUGGUGGGCCGCAUCCGCAGCCUGCACACAGAAACCCUCUGCAAACUAGCCAGCCGCUGCGAGGAUCGCUUCAUGGCCGGCCAGAAGGACCACUUGCGCUUUGGUACGGACAGUUGGUCCCACUUCCGGCUGACCACAGGCAAGCCCUGCUGCGAGGCGGGAGAUGCUGUCUACUACACUGCUGCUUACGCGAAGGACCCACUCGUCAACUACGCCGUUAAGAUCUGCAGGUGCAAGGUAAAGGAGACGCAGCAGCAGUUUUUCCACAGCCUGGCCGUGCGUCAGAGCCUGCCCGUACACUUCAACAUCCAGCAGGACUGCGGCCACUUCCUGGCAGAUGUGCCUGCCCGCCUGCUACCCUGGGAGGAGGAGGAGAGUGAGGAAGAGAAGGACGAGAAAGGAGAGAAGGCAGAGAAGAAGAGCGAGGGAGGGGAGGAGGAACGGAAGGUAGGGCAGAGCGAGGAGGACGCACUGGUGGAUACGAAACUGCGCAGUCGUGUGGUGGUGAUCACACGCGAAGUGCCCUUUCAGACAGUGGCUGACUUUGUGCGUGAAGGAGUGGGGCGGCAUGCCCGUAACCCGGAGUUGUAUGAGCGGCAGGUGUGCCUGCUGCUGCUGCAGCUGUGCGCCGGCCUGGAGCACAUGAAGCCUUACCACGUGACUCACUGCGACCUGCGCCUGGAGAAUCUGCUGCUGGUGCACUGCCAGCCAGGCAACCCCUGGAACCUGGACCUGCUGGAGCCCAACAACAACAACAGCGCUGCCGCCUCAGCUUCGUCUUCUGCCUGCCCCGCCCGUCUCAUCAUCAGCAAUUUCUCGCAGGCCAAGCAGAAGAGCUCGCUGACCGAGGAGCCAUCCGUAGUGCUGAAGGACCGCUCACGGCUGGCCCCCGAGCUGCUGAGUGCCACCCAGUACCGCAAGUGCGAUGAGUUUCAGACAGGCAUCCUCGUAUAUGAGAUGCUUCACCGGCCUAAUCCGUUUGAGGAGGCGCCGGGGCUGAAGGAGCGAGAGUAUGCACGUUCAGACCUGCCGCAGCUGCCCACACGCUCCCUCUACUCGCAGGGCCUCCACCGUUUGGCCUCCCUGCUGCUAGAUGCCAACCCGUCUGAGCGCAUCAGCAUGGCCGACGCCCGCGCCUGCCUGCAGUGUCUGCUGUGGGGGCCGAGGGAGGACCUCUUUCACACGCUGGGUACUGGUGCCACACCAGCUCAGCGGCAGACCACGCUGCAGAACUGGCUGGACCUGAAGCGCACGCUGAUGAUGAUCAAGUUUGCAGAGCGCUCACUGGACUCGGGCUGCGGAGUCAGCCUGGAGGAUUGGCUCUGCUGCCAGUACCUGGCCUUUGCCAGCACAGACUCCGUCGACAGGGUUAUCCGUAUCCUGCAGGAACUGCAGGGACAGCUGCUCUGAGCUCAGCUGCUCAUGCUCGGAUUCAUUUGGAUAGGUGGUUUUGGAUUACCUCUGGUCAAGCAUAGUUUGGUGUUUUUCUUGCUUUAACACAGUGGUUCUUAACUCCAGUCAUGGGGACCCAGUGUUCUAGAUAGGUUCAAGUACUUCGUGGUAGAGCUGGGCGUACACUACACAACUUUUAAUAUACUUACAGAUUUACUUACAAACAUUUUCACAGAAUGAAACACGUUUUUCACAGAAUGUCUUUUAAUUUUGUGGUGAGGGUACGCACAGUAGAUAGAUCUUAUUGGUAAGAUAAGACAAAAAGUGGAUAUCACACAGAUAAUUAGCUAUGAAAAAGCACUCAAAAUCCCAGAUCUUGCUCUUAUCUUGUAAUACAAACAAAGCUAGAAAAGUAAGAAAAGUAAAUAUCAAAUUGAGAGCUGGAGAAAUAUUUUGCUAUAAACUGGUAGCUGAUUUGAAAUUGUAAAUGGAGUGCCUUGACAUCUGGGUCUAUAUAUUCCAAACAUUAAGAAAGCUCAUAUUUCUCUCUCUGAGCUCUGUCAUUUGCUAUUGCCUGAAUCAGUCAUUAGUUAGGUAGCUGACCACCUCACACCACACAGGACCUGACUGUGAACACUUUAAGUCAUAAAAAUCUAAUCUGUUGAAAAAUGUUGGAAUGUCCCCAAUCACUCCAGAGUUAGAUCAGAAGGUCAAAGAUUCAGUCAUUUCUCCUCUCACACAUCAGCACCCAGUUAUCCGCUUCUCACUGAGCUCCUGGCCUGGGAAAUCGCUUUAGAUUGUGAAAAUUUGUGGAAUAGAGCAAAUCAAGGUUGCAAUACAUAUCACAGUAUUUUCUCUUUAUCUUUAAGUCAGAACUAGGCCUGUCACAGUCAGCUGUACUUAACAAUAACUGCAAUUAACAGUUUGUAUUUUUUUCCGACUAUUAAAGUACAAGCCUUAAGUGGUCAAAUUAUCCAUCUUGCGUGUGUUACUACAGAAACAUAUUGCGAAAACUAUCUACUGUAGAAAAAAUUGCAGUCAGCUUAAAUAAAUGCGUUCAGCUCAAAUAAUAAUCAGGUGAUUAAGAAGUAAUUAUGACAGGCUUAAUCAUAACAGACGCAAUGCACCGGUACUCUUUCACAUACACGUACAUAUAGGACUCCCAAAAUACAAAAAUUCAUAGUAAUUUAUCAUGGUAAUGAUAUCAUAUUGCCACCCCUGUUCCCUGCCCCAGUGCACCUGAUCCUAUGUCAGGAGGGCUUGAUAAGUAGCUGAUGAGUGGCUCAGUUGUGCUGGGGCAGGGUACGUAUGAAACAGUGCAGUCAAUUCACAGGACUGGAGUUGAGAAACAGUGCUGAUCCAACUAAUCAGCUAAUAAAUGCGUCCUUCCUGCGAUGUGUUAGAGCAGGUUAAACACUAAACCAUGCAGGACGGAGCUCCUCCAGAACCGGGGUUGGGAAACACCCGCACAUGCCAGUGGCAUCAUCGCCGUAGCGACUACCAGUCAACUCUCAUAUCACAGGCCACGCCCCUGCUGGAGACUGCUAGCACAUGCACAUUUGCGCUGUACACCUAGU